GAGCUCCAUCUGCAAAUCCUACUCGUAGUCACCACAGCUUAGUAUUUCACAUACAGAUUAGCUCAGAGUCAUCUUCAUUCUUCAGCACCUAUGGGUUCUUCUGGUCGUGGCCCUUGUGCCAUCUUAAAUCUCCUUCUCGCUCUAUCAAUGCUAAGCAGUCAUGUAUGUUUGGGUGGUCGCUAUCUGUUGGAAGCUGAUGAGACCACCAAGGCACCAGAGGAGGUGAACCCACAUGAUCAACACCCUUUCCCAACAAUACCAACCUUGCCCAAGCUACCUGAAUUCCCAACUCUGCCUGAGCCUAAAUUCCCGGAGAUCCCCAAGCUUCCGGAGCUCAAAUUCCCAGAGUUCCCCAAGCUAACUGAAGGUCAUGAUCUGCCUGAGAUGAAGUUCCCGGAAAUCCCCAACCCGUUUGAUCAUCAUCUUCCGGAGCUGCCAAAAUUCUCGGAGAUCCCCAAGCCGACUCUCCCUCAUGAACUUCCGGAAGUUCAUCUGCCUGAGCCUACUCUUCCUGAGUUGCCCCAUGAUUUCCCAGCUUUUCCCAAGCCAACUCUACCUGAAUUUCCCGCAGUUCCUUACAAGCCCACUUCACCAUGAUCACGUCACGUAUAUGUAGGAUGCUACUGCAGCCCAUUUACCAGAACGCUACCAGCUGCAGUUGCAGUAUUCCAAACUGGCCACGCUUAGCUUGGACUAGCUUGGACACUUAUCCUUCGUUUUGGAGGCUCGGUGUGUUCUUGCCUUUUGUGUACGUAAGCGAGGUUGCCCACAUCAGAGAGCUUAUAUAUUUACUGCUAUGUCAAAUCAUUUGGCAUUUGUGAUUAAGUAAUUUAUAUGAUUGGUAGCAGUUGACUUGUAUCCGGAUGCUUUUAUUCUGGAAUAAUAUUGCCCCUGUUCACAACAGCUUUUCGUUAA